AUGAGUGCUUAUGCUGCUCUUAAAUCAGGACUUCUGUUGACAGGCUCUCAAAACCCAUCAAAUGAUAAAUCAAUGGUUAAUGAUGAAUUAGAUGAUACAAUUUUACAAUACACUAAAGAUUCUGAUGAUGAAGAUGAUAAUGAGGAAGAAGAUAGUGACGAAAUUACUAAUGAGGCUCAAACACGACUAUAUAAAGAUGAUACCACAAAUCCACAAGGAGGUCCUUUGAAUUCAAACACUCAUAAUAUCAUUUCACAAUCAAAUUUCAUACCCAAUAAUACAAACUUAAAUUUUUUCGAUGAUCACAUACUACUCAAACUACAUAACCCCGAAUUUAUAAUUAUCAAAGGUCAAUUCAAGAUGGAGAUAAUAGAAGGAGAGGUUCAACUAAAUAAUUGCUAUAAUAUGGCUUCUGACUCCAAAAAAAUAUAUUCUUUCAAAUCUUCAGGUGCUCAAGCAUUACCCAUUGUAUCACAUGCAUCAGCUGACAAUAUUGCAGUCUUAAAGCUAAUAAAUUUGAAAAAUGGCCUUGAAAAUCUUCAUAAAAUUUAUUCACAAAGAUCUUCUGCAGUGUCUGAUCAAGAUAAUCUAUUCAGAAACUACACGUUUGAAAUUGUCAUAAAGGAAAGCGAAGAUGAAUCAUGUGGUUUAUAUAUUCCAGAUACUUGGUCCAAAAUGUUCAAAUCGAUAGCCAACUCGCCACUAAAUAGUCUCAUGGUAAUCGGGCAUAAAAAUACAGGAAAGUCUACUUUUUCCAAGUGUUUUAUGGAUUAUUUGUUGCUACACAGAAAAAGACCAGUAGUAUUAAUGGACCUUGAUCCUGGCCAAUCUGAAUAUUCAUCACCGUAUUGUAUGUCUUUAUCAAUCCAUUAUGAAGCAAGCUUUUGUGAAGAUCUUUCAAAAGAUGACAAAACUGAAUUGUAUUACGGCUUUACAAGUCCAAUGGAAUCCCCAUCAAGGUUUUUAAAUAUUGUUCAGAGGCUAUUCGAUACAUAUUCUAGUACAUAUUUGCACAAAGGUUACGUUUUGAUCAUUAACACCCCUGGAUGGAUUAAGGGCUAUGGUAAAGAAUUAUUGGUAAAGAUAUCUAAUAUUAUAAAUCCAUCAGAUUUGUGUCUUUUAUCUCACAAAUUAUCAUUAGAUGCUGAAGAAAAUCAAACCACUUUGAAUGGAUUAUCAUAUUCAAAUGUACAUUUAGUUAGUGGUAUUUUCUCGAAUCAAGAAUUAUCUGCUAGUCAAAUUAGAUGUAUUAAUAAAUUGUUAUAUUUUCAUAAAAUUUCAAAUAAUUGUUUCGAUUUUUCAAGAUAUAUGUUGGAUGUGCCACCAUUGAAAUUAAGUUAUUGCAUCAAUAACUCAGAAGUUGGAAUAAAUGCAUUAUGUGUUUUGAAUUACAAGUUAAAGAGUACUCAAGAAUUUGCAUUGUUGCGUUUGCUUUUGGAGACAAUGAUAUGGGGGAUUUAUGCAACUAGUAGUAAAACUUUUACACCUACAAAAAAUACUUCAAGCAAGUACCCCAAUUUGAUAAACAUGGAAACACUAAAGAGGAUAAGCAAUGAUGAUCAAGAAAGUCAAUUUUUAGGACUACUAGCAAUACACAGCAUAAAUUUCAAAGAACAAUAUUUUAACAUUUAUGCACCACCAGAUGUUAUUUCAAAGCUUCAGACCCAUUUAAAUUCCAAUUACAAAAUCAUAUUAGUCCGUGGAGAGGGAAAUUUACCAGCACCAGAAAUAAUGUAUCCUAAUUUCUUACAACACAUUGAUAAUUCAAAAACCAACACCACAAAGCAAGUCAAUAGAAUACCUUACCUAAGCUUCAAGGCAAAACCUAAAGUUGGUGGGAUUUGGAAAGUACGAAGGAAUAUAAUUAGGAAAAACCAAAGAUAG